AACUCGAGGUUCCGAGUGUGUGAUCGAGAUUCCACAUCGAAUCAAAGAAGUCGGCUAUAAAGCGCGUCCGGAUGCGGCGCUAGAGCGAGCCUAGCUCACAACAUCACCAGCACACAACAACGCACCUCGCCACCAAGCAGAUCAUGGCGGCCGGGAGGCAAUACACGGCGGGCGCGUCUUCUUCUUCUUUUCCCCUCGCCGUCUGCUUCUUCCCCCUGCUCGUGGCCGCGCUCCUCGGGCUGCACGUGGCGACGGGGCAGGGCGUGCCGGCGGCGGCGCCGGUGCCGGUCAGCGUGGGAGUGAUCCUGGAUUUUUCGUCGGCGGUGUCGCUGAGGCGGCGGACCGGCAUUGAGAUGGCGGUGGAGGACUACUACGCGGCGCACCCGGGGUCGGCCACCAGGGUCGAGCUCCACUUCAGGGACUCCGCCGGCGACGUCGUCGGCGCCACCUCCGCCGCGGUGGACCUGAUCAACAACGCCCAGGUGCAGGCCAUCAUCGGGCCGCAGACGUCGGCGCAGGCGGAGUUCGUGGCGCACCUCGGCAGCCGCGCCCAUGUCCCCGUGCUCUCCUACUCCGCCACCUCCCCGUCCCUCUCCCCGGUGCAGACGCCCUACUUCGUGCGCACCGCCGCCAAGGACUCCUUCCAGGCCGCACCCGUCGCCGCCGUCCUCGCCGCCUUCGGGUGGCGCGCGGUGGCCGUCGUGCACGAGGACUCCCCCUACGGCGCCGGCAUCCUCCCGGCGCUCGCCGACGCGCUCCAGAGCUCCGGCGUAGGCGGCGCGGCGAUCGUGGACCGCACCUCAGUGCGGAACGACGCGUCCAACGACGCCCUCGACGCGCUCCUGGCCCGCCUCAUGGCGAAGCCGACGCGCGUGUUCGUCGUGCACGCGACGUCCAACCUUGUCGCGCGGCUCUUCCAGCGGGCGAGGGCUGCCAAGAUGAUGUCUGACGGCUACGUCUGGCUCGCGACGGACGACGUUGGCAGCUCUGUCGACAGGUUCGGCCCCGACGAAGUCGACGCCAUGCAGGGCGUCGUCAGCCUCCGGCCUCACGUGGAGAUGACGGACCGAGUAAAGAACUUCUCGGCGCGGUUUCGGGCGAGGUUCCGGCGGGACAACCCGGGCUCUGACGAAGACUUGAUCACUGACUCGACUGCGAUGAGGCUCUGGGCAUACGACACGGCGUGGGCGAUCGCCGCGGCGGCCGAGGCCGCCGGCACCGUCACCGGCCCGCCGUUCCAGGCACCACAGAGAAGGCCAUCCACGGCAAAUACCACAGACCUUGACCGGAUCGGCGUGUCGGUCACCGGAGCAUCGCUUCUCAGGGAGCUACUCAACACGACGUUCGACGGAAUGGCUGGCAAGUUCGAGCUGGUCGACGGUCAACUGCAGGUGGCGGCGUAUGAGGUGGUGAACAUCAUCGGGAAAGGUGCCAGGACGGUGGGGUUCUGGACGCCGGAGUCCGGCCUCUCGCCGGAGCUGAACGGCGGCGGCGGCGGCAGGACGCCGCACCUGAAACACAUCCUCUGGCCAGGCGAGACGCUGUCGGCGCCGAAAGGCUGGACGAUGUCGCAGAGCGGGCGCGUGCUCACAGUCGCCGUGCCGGUGAAGGGCGGGUUCAAGCAAUUCGUCGACGCCUCCCCGAACUCCACGUCCAAUAAUAUCACCGGCUACUGCAUCGACGUGUUCAACCAGGUGAUGGAGAACCUGCCCUACCCGGUGCUGUACCAGUACGAGCCGUACAAUGAAAGCUCGGAGUCGUACGAGAAGCUGGUGAACCUGGUGCGCGACGGGACGGCGGACAUAGUGGUGGGGGACGUGACGAUCACGGCGAGCAGGCUGGAGGCGGUGGACUUCACGAUGCCGUUCACGGAGUCCGGGUGGUCGAUGGUGGUGGCGGCGCGGCAGGACCCGGCGGCCAGCAUGUGGAUCUUCCUGCAGCCGCUCACCGCUAGCCUCUGGCUCGCCAGCCUCGCCUUCUUCUGCUUCACUGGCUUCGUCGUCUGGGUCAUCGAGCACCGCGUCAACCCGGAGUUCCGGGGCACGCCGACCCAGCAGUUCGGCCUCAUCUUCUACUUCGCCUUCUCCACCCUCGUCUUCUCACACAAGGAGAAACUGGAGAGCAACCUGUCAAGGUUCGUGGUGAUCAUCUGGGUGUUCGUGGUGCUGAUCCUGACGUCGAGCUACACGGCGAGCCUGACGUCGAUGCUGACGGUGCAGAAGCUGCAGCCGAAGGUGGCCGACGUGACGGAGCUCCAGCGGCGCGGCCACUACAUCGGGUACCAGGAGGGCACCUUCAUCGAGCCCUUUCUAAGGAAGAUGGGCUUCGACGAGCGCAAGAUGAAGAAGUACAGCACGGCGGAGCAGUACGCCGAGGCGCUGUCCAAGGGGUCGGCGAACGGCGGCGUCGACGCCGUGUUCGACGAGGUGCCGUACCUGAAGCUGUUCCUGUCGCAGUACUGCGACGGGUACAUGAUGCAGGGGCCCGUGUACAAGACGGACGGCUUCGGGUUCGUGUUCCCGAGAGGGUCGCCGAUGGUGGGGGACGUGUCACGGGGGAUCAUGAAGCUGGCGGAGGGGGACGAGACGGCGCGCAUCGAGAAGAAGUGGUUCGGCGACCUGGGCACGUGCCGGAGCGGCCCGGACGUCGGCUCGUCGAACCUCAGCUUCCAGAGCUUCGGUGGCCUGUUCCUCAUCACCGGCGUGGUGUCCACCCUCAUGCUGCUGCUCUACGUCGCCAUCUUCGCCUACCGCGAGCGGGACGAGCUCCGGGCGGCGGAGGCUGAGGCCGCCACCACGGCCUCCGGCUCCGGCAGCGUGUCGGUGCGGAGAAUGAAGGCAUGGAUGCAGCAUUACGACAGGAAGGAUCUCAAGUCGCCGACGUUCAAGACGUGGAACGAGGAGUCCGUGAGGAACGGCGGUGACUUUGCGACGACGCCUUUUGCGCGGACGCCGCGGAGCGGCGACGCAAGCGGGACGCCGAGGGCCGAACAUGCUGCAACGGGCGGCACGAGCCCGCUGAGCGUGUACAUCAGCUCGGAAAUGAACGCUGGCUCUUCGCCGGAGGGAACCCCGGCGUCAGAGAUCAGCGAGUCAUUCGAGCAGAGGAUGGAGGGGUCAGCCAACUCAGUGGAGAUGGGAAGAACGACAGCCUCUCAACUGCAGUAGACUUGACUAGUUUGCAGACUUGCAGUAGAACUAGACAGACACCCAGUUCCACAGGAACGCCAGCACUGCAAGAGUUCCGUGCAGUCCAAUUACUACUUGUAAUUUGGCUAGAAAAUUGUGUGUACUCCUAUUAGAGUGGACAUUAGUGAAUGCA